GCUGUAUGAUGAACAAAGUUUCAUUAUUUCUAGCUGUUUUGUUCACUGCAACAACAUGAGGAUCCUUCAGCUUCAACUCUAUGUAUUAAUGUGUUCUGAAGCUGCAGUGUCAGAUCUACUGACUGAUUUGGGAUCAAAUGUGACCAUAAACUGUGAUCUUGAUGAAAAUGAUGUUUACUGGAUUUUACUGAAAACAGCAGAUCCUCCAACAGUGAUUCUACGAUCAUUUCCAACACCAAAAUCACCUUUUUACCCUAAUAAAACAUUCAGAAAGAAAUAUUCAGUGCAGUUUAAACAUCGUCUGGUUAUUAAUAAUGUGACUGUUGAUGAAUUAGGAGUUUAUUACUGUAUGAACACAGAAACACCUCCAAAACUCAGCAACAGCACCAGAAUAUAUUUCAAUGAAUCAACUCAACUAACUGAGUGUCACAAUCAUACAGCGCUGGAGUUUAUUGAUCAGAAUCAAACACAAUGGAAGAUUAUUAGCAUCAUAUCGGCUCUGAUGAACGGGCUUCUGAUUAUUGUGCUGAUUGGACUAUUAAAAGUUUUUGUAUUUGGGAACAGAAGGUCUACAGAUCGAACACAACAACUCAACGCUGAUCUACAAACGACACAAGUUGCAGAACAGCAUCAGGAUCCACAGCAAUUACAGUACGCUGAGGUGGAUUUUUCCAAGCUCCGUAGAAAUAUUCGGUCCAGCCAAAUCAACAGCACCUAUGCUGCUCUAAAGCCACCAAAACCAUAAACACAUGUAUCAGCCAUUCUCUUUUUUCUACUUUUUUAUGUUGAUGUAAAUCUGAAAUGUCUAAUCACAAACUAUUUGGUAGACAGAAUUAACCAGCAAAACAAUAACCAGACUGUUUUCAAACUGGGUUCAUGAAAAAGAUAAGCUUGUGAAUGCGCCUUUGUUUUUUGUUUUUGUUUUUUGGAUUUUUUUUUUUAAAUUAACCCAUAAGAACCCGGACCAAUUUCUAAUUAUAGGAAAAUUAUGGGGCAUAUAAAACAGACCAAAUGAACCGCUUGUAACAUGUUUCUGCAGUUGUUUUUGAAAUACAACCCCUCCUUGUGAAAGAUCCAUAAUGUUACAUAUAUAUGACAUUGGGCGUUUAUUUCUCAAUAUUUCUCUUUUUUAUGUUUAUUUGCUUUUCCACAGCAUAUAUCAAAAUUAUUACUUUUAUGGGAAGAUAAAACAAAAACAUUUUCCAGAAGUAAUACAGUUUUUGCAUUGUAACAUAUUUCAAAACCACAUAACUGUGACCAUUACAUUUUACAACAACUCUUUUGUAACAUAUCAAAAUUCUACCUUUUCAGGUAUGUGGUUUAACCAGAAAUUAAUUUUUAGAUUUUUUUUUUUCACAA